AUGUACUUGAACGAUGACACUUUCGGCUCCUCUGCCACCUCGCUGACGUCUCUGGCAGUUGUUAUUUUCAUCACAUUAUCCUUGUAUUGCUUCUACGUUCGAGAAUUGACAUCCCUUCGAAACGUGCCUGGGCCCUUCUUUGCUAGUAUGUCACCACUCUGGCUCAUCACCAGCCAGCGCACGUUUCAACGACCACAUGUAGAUUUGGAUCUUCAUGAGAAGUACGGCCCCAUAGUUCGCGUCAGCUCAAAUGAGGUGAUUGUGUCCAGUACAAAGUCGAGACAUGUGAUAUACGGCGCCACAAGCAAAUUUCCAAAGGGAGACUGGUAUAUCCCCACAGGGAGUGCCGGUUGGAGUGAUGGCGAUGAGCUAGACUUUCUCUCCGAGUUGGACAUGGACAAAUAUCGACUGCAAAGAAGACUGGUCGGACCGGCUUACACGGAUAAUUUUAUGCGCCAAAUAGAGGGUAACCUGGACAAAAUCUUGGAGAGAAACAUCGAAAUCAUGAUUCAAAGAGCGGGUCGUAUCGAAGAUGUUGACCAUGUUGCCAACUUUCUCGCUUCUGGUAUGAUUCUCAGCGUCCGUAUUAUUCGUGGUUUCUUCCACUCAUGUGAUUUAGACUGUUUGCAAGUCGCUACUUUUGGUGAAUCAAAGGGCCUUCUUGAAGCUGGCGUGGAUGAUGGAGCAAUCCAAUUGACCAUGAACUUGUGGGGUUAUAUGCACUGGGUUGGGUAUGUGCCCGUCUAUCACAGAGCAAAGAAGUGGUUCAACAUGAUUGUGAAGCCAAAGUUGUGUAUCAUCUUGGCCAUACUCCCCGACUUGCCGACUCGAAAGACCACGAUGCAUUCCAAGCCGGCUAGUCAAAUGACGGAGCAUGUUUUCGUCUGGGCGAGGAAACGCAUCCGAGACCGCUUUGACAGUUUUGCCAGUCAAAAACUUCCCACGCAAGCAACCGACAUUGCUACUAGGCUCCUACAGAUCCAUGCUGAGAAGCCAGCUUUAAAGCCGCAUUGGGUUGCCGAGAUGCUGGGCACCAACUUUGGUGCUGGCGUUGAAACAACAGCCAUUACAAUCUCCAGCUUUCUCGAUUUUGUGAUCUCCCACCCUGGAUGCCAGGAAAAAGUCCAAAAGGAGAUUGACGAGGCGAGAGAAGCGGGGAAAUUGAGCAAAUUGCCAAAGCUGAGGGAGAUUGAAAGUUUGCCCUACUUGAGCGCCUGCUUGAACGAGAGCAAAAGGUUGCACCCUGUGGUUGGAAGUCCUCUUCAGAGAGUUGUGCCACAUGGAGGAAUAGAGUUGGAAGGUAAAUGGCUACCAGCUGGAACUGCGGUCGGAAUCAAUCCAUGGGUGAUGGGACGCAAUAAGUCGCUUUUCGGCGCAGAUGCUGACGCUUUUCGACCAGAGCGCUGGUUCGAAAUGUCUCGUGAACAGUGGAAAGCCUGCGAAGCAAAUAGCAUGUUCUUUGGUGCUGGAGUACGCUCUUGCCCUGGAAAACAUCUGGCCCAAGCAAUUUUGAGCAAGGUGCUGCCGCUUUUAUUGAUGGAACUAUGCUGGAGUCAUGCACAACCGGGCACAGGAAGACCAAUACGAUCGGCAUUCAUGACGAGGCUCCACAAAGUCAAGGUCCAGUGGAAGAAAAGAGAAGUUACGGAGGUCAGCCUCAGAGAUGAAGCUGAACCCAUUGUUUUUGUCUAG